GUCUACGGCUAAAUUACGGUUCUGGUGCCUAAAUGGGUCGUUCUGAUCGACAGCGCAAAAAGCAUAUAUCAAGCAAGAGUACAGAGCCGGAUAAGCGUCCACGAUUGGCCUCCGGUAAGGGGAGCGGUAGUAAAACCACUGAGGCGGAAUGUGAACAGUCCAAUCGGGAGUACGAUGAUAACCUCGAUGAGGAUUCCCAACCGGUAGGGAAAAAUUACGACGGAGAUGAGGAUGAAGAAUAUGAUCCGGAUGAGUACGAACCUGAGGCAGUGGAUGCCGAUGAAGCCCGUGUAUUGUCAAGAGCACGUUCGAAGAGUUUCAAACUGGACAGUGAUCACGCACCGUCUUCGGCAGCAGCCACUAAACAGGCGCCUGCAGUAGUCACUACUCCGAGAGAUGAAUUCGGGGCCAAAGAUAUGCGCCACAUCUUGACCCUGCGAACUGACCAUCCAUGUCGACCUCUAUGGGUCGGUCCGGAUGGCCACAUCUUUCUGGAGGCGUUCAAUCCACUGGCGCGCCCGGCGCAAGACUUUCUCAUCGCGAUUGCGGAGCCCGUUUGUCGACCAAUGCACAUUCAUGAAUACAGACUGACCUCAUAUUCACUGUACGCUGCUGUGUCGGUGGGCCUACGAACGGGCGAGAUUAUCGGUUGCUUGCGCCGAUUGUGCAAAACUGAUUUGCCCGCUGGUAUUGUCGCCUACAUUCGGAGUUGUACCCUUUCCUAUGGAAAGGCGAAAUUGGUUCUCAAAGGUGGGCGGUAUUUCGUGGAAAGCAUGCAUAGGAAAUUUUUAGAACAGUUGGCCAAAGACUCCAUCGUGAGACAAUGUCUUAUUCGUAAAUCGGACGAAUCCACUGGUACCGAUAUGGUGGUGAUUUACAACGCAGCGGAUUUAGCUUUGGCAGACACUUCUGCCCUUAGUGCGAUCCAGCCCAUGGAAAACAUUAACUCCAACCCAAUGGCUGUUGAAGUGUUGCAGCUCUAUGCUCAACUAGACGCAGAGGAAGAGCGAUUAGCUGAGCAAGCAGAGAAACUGACACAGCAGGAACAAUCCGACACGUUUGUCAAUUCCACCGGGAACAACUUGAAUCUGAAAGUUAUUGGAAUGGAAUCAGAAGCAGCGGAUGGUGAAGGUGAAUUCGAUGAGGAAGUGGAUUUGUGUAAGUCGAGCACUAACGCCGCAUCCGAAAACAGCCAACUGUCGGUCCUUUGCCUGGCCAUUGAAGUUGACCAGAGUCAAAUAGAGGUUCUUCAGCGCCGUUGCAUCGAGCUUGAGGUCCCGUUACUGACUGAGUACGCGUUUCGGCAGGACAGACUCAAUCGUGACAUUGCAAUUGAUUUGAAGGCGAGUACUACUCUGCGGCCGUACCAAGAAUGCAGCCUACGCAAGAUGUUUGGCAACGGCCGCGCCCGCUCGGGUGUCAUUGUCCUCCCAUGUGGCGCAGGCAAAACUCUGGUUGGAGUGACCGCCGCAUGUACCAUCCGCAAGCUCACCCUUGUGCUGUGCACCAGCGGAGUAGCGGUGGAACAGUGGCGCUCCCAAUUCCGCCUUUGGUCCACUGCUGAGGACAGCCAAAUUCUUCGUUUCACCAGCGAUGCGAAGGAUCGUCCGGGCACGAACGCAAGCGUCUGCAUCAGCACGUACACAAUGAUUGCGCAUUCAACGAAACGUUCAUACGAAGCGGAUCGUAUGAUGGAAUGGAUCAGGGGACAAGAAUGGGGCCUAAUGAUUUUGGACGAGGUGCAUACCAUCCCGGCUAAGAUGUUUCGUCGCGUGUUGACCUUGGUCCAGGCUCACUGCAAGCUGGGUCUCACAGCCACUCUGGUACGGGAGGACGACAAGAUCACCGAUCUGAAUUUCCUCAUCGGUCCAAAGUUAUACGAAGCGAACUGGUUGGAGUUGCAAAUGCGUGGUUUCAUCGCCCGCGUGCAGUGCGCCGAGGUGUGGUGUCCCGUGACGCCGGAAUUUUAUCGCGAAUAUCUGAAUAUGAAAUCGAUGAAAAAACUACUGUUGGCCGUAAUGAAUCCGAACAAGUUUCGCGCCUGUGAAUUUCUAAUUCGUUACCAUGAGCGACGCAACGACAAGAUCAUAGUGUUCUCUGAUAACGUGUUUGCACUGAAAUAUUAUGCAACAAAAAUGGGUCGUCCGUAUUUGUAUGGUCCAACGAGCCAGGCGGAGCGUAUGCAGGUUCUUCAGAACUUCCAGCACAAUCCGAACGUACCGGCAAUCUUUGUCUCCAAGGUGGCGGACAACUCAUUUGACUUACCUGAGGCCAACGUGCUGAUCCAAAUUAGCGCGCAUGGUGGGAGCCGACGACAAGAGGCACAACGACUGGGUCGCAUUCUUCGAGCGAAACGAGGCACAGACGUGGAGGCAUACAACGCGUUCUUCUACUCUCUCGUCUCACAAGACACAAUGGAAAUGCAGUAUGCACUGAAGCGUCAACGAUUUCUCGUCAACCAGGGUUAUGCUUACAAAGUGAUCACUCGUCUUUCGGGGAUGGAGCACGAGACACUCAGGUUGAGCACUAAGCAAGAGCAAGCGGAACUUCUUCAUCGCGUAUUAGCGAGUACCGAGGAAGACGCAAUGGAGGAGCGAUUGCCAGCAGAUCCUGACGAUGUCACCUUAACGAAACGCACUGUGCCAGCUGAUUCUGCAACUCGCAAACCUAGCCGCAUGGCCAGUUUGUCUGGUGCAGAUGACGCAAUUUACGUGGAUACGAGUUCGGCUGCUGUACGCAGAAACAAAAUGAAAGAAAGGCAUCCACUGUUCCGGCUUUUCCGACGCUGAACAAAUGUACAUUUGCUCACCUAUCACUUCCUGCUGUACAUACGACUAUUUCAGAGCCAAAUAUUUUGCCUCUGCUUUUUCUAUC